GAUUUUUAAUUUGAGAAAUGGAGAAUGUUAAAAACAAUGUUGCUAUUGAGCUUAUUGUGAAGCAAGGAGUGCCAAGUUUGGUGGCACCAGCAGAGGAAACAGAGAAGGGGCAAUAUUACUUAUCAAAUCUUGAUCAGAAUAUAGCCGUGCCGGUUCGAACAAUUUACUGUUUUAAAUCAGAAGAAAAGGGGAAUGAGAAUGCUGCUGAAGUGAUGAAGGAUGCUUUGUCAAAGGUUCUUGUUCAUUAUUAUCCACUAGCAGGGAGAUUGACAAUAAGCCAGGAAAUGAAACUUAUUGUGGACUGUAGUGGAGAAGGGGCAGUUUUUGUUGAGGCAGAAGCAAAUUGUAACAUAGAGGAUAUUGGUGAUAAUACUAAGCCUGAUCCUGUUACACUUGGCAAACUUGUUUAUGAUAUCCCUGGUGCUAAAAAUAUACUAGAAAUGCCUCCCCUGGUGGCUCAGGUGACAAAGUUCAAAUGUGGGGGAUUUGUGCUUGGUCUGUGCAUGAACCAUUGCAUGUUUGAUGGGAUCGGAGCGAUGGAGUUUGUGAAUUCUUGGGGUGAAACUGCUAGAGGUUUACCUAUCAAAGUCAUUCCAUUCCUAGACAGGAGCAUACUCAAGCCUAGAAAUCCACCAAAGCCUGAAUAUACUCAUAACGAGUUCGCUGAAAUUGAAGAUAUAUCAGACUCUACUAAACUAUACCAAGAAGAAAUGCUGUAUAAGACCUUCUGUUUUGACCCUGAGAAGCUUGAACAACUAAAAGUAAAAGCCAAAGAAGAUGGCAAUGUUACCAAAUGCACUUCAUUUGAAGUCCUUUCAGCUUUCGUCUGGAAAGCACGAACUCAGGCAUUACAAAUGAAGCCUGAUCAAAAGACAAAACUUCUCUUUGCUGUAGAUGGAAGAUCAAGAUUUGAUCCCUCAAUUCCACAAGGAUAUUUUGGAAACGCAAUUGUUUUAACUAAUGCACUCUGCACUGCUGCAGAGAUAGUCGAAAAUCCACUUUCUGUUGCUGUUAAGUUGGUUCAAGAAGCUGUUAAAUUGGUUACAGACAGUUACAUGAAAUCUGCUAUAGACUAUUUUGAAGCAACAAGAGCUAGGCCUUCUUUAACUGCUACUCUUCUUAUUACUACUUGGUCUAGGCUUUCUUUCCACACGACGGAUUUCGGGUGGGGAGAGCCUAUUGUAUCAGGGCCAGUGGCUUUACCAGAGAAGGAAGUUUCUCUGUUUCUUUCUCAUGGGAAAGAGAGGAGAAGUGUCAAUGUGCUUCUUGGAUUGCCAGCUUCUGCUAUGAAAACAUUUGAAGAACUUAUGGAGAUCUAAACAGCCAUAUUGCAGCUCUAAUUUGCCAUGAAAUUUACUUUAUUUAUGUGUAAUUGAUUGUGUUUUUUACUUUGUGGUGUUGUUAUUAUUGGUACUUUGUAUUGUUAUUUCUGUUUGGCAUCAAUUCAUGCUCUUUUGCUUGUUUCUAAA